AUGCCUUCUGGACCUGCAGAUUCGCAGGGACUUAGCCACGCUCCCUGUAAAAGCCCAAACCCUUCCCUCCUGAUAACAUCACGUGUCUUCACCUGCAUCUGCUUCUGCGGGCUUGUGGGCAACGUGGUGGUGGUGUGGCUCCUGGGCUGCCGCAUGAAGCGGAACCCCUUCACUGUCUACGUCCUGAACCUGGCCGUGGCUGACUGCUCCCUGCUCCUGACCCUGCUUGUCCUUUUUACCAUAUUCACGACUUCAACAGAAUAUUGUCAGUUUAGUGAUGCCCUUUUGCUGAGCAUCGGUAUCAUGGUUCUGCUGUUCCUGCUUUGUUAUUUGGCUGGCAUGUACCUGCUGACAGCCAUGAGCGUGGAGCGGUGCCUGGCUGCUGUCUUCCCUGUCUGGUACCGCUGCCACCGCCCAAAGCGGUUGUCAGGCAUCCUGUGUGGGGUGCUCUGGGCUCUGGCUACACUUCUUGUUCUUCUGUCGUUUCUGGUUUGUGCUGCUACUGAUAGCUGUGUCAAAGUAUUUGGUGUUUUAAGCAUUGUGAACUUUGUCCUCUUCUCUGUCUUGCCGCUGCUUUCCAACCUGGCCCUGUUCAUCAAGCUCCGAUGCGGCUCACAGAGACGACACCCAGGGAGACUCUAUGUUGCUGUCCUGCUCAGUGUCACCUUUCUGGUCAUCUUUGGGCUUCCUCUCAGUGUGUCAAGUCUCCUUCCUGUUUUUAAUCCAGAAUGUGUUUAUAUUUCUUGCCUGCUGGCCUCACUGAACAGCUCCAUCAAUCCAGUGCUUUACUUCCUGCUGGGCAGCUGCCGGCAGCGCCGCUUCCGAUGCUCCCUCAAAGUCGCCUUCCGAAGACUGUUUGAAGAGGAAGCCACAAGAGAGGAGAGGAGCCAGGAGCCUGGGGAUGACAUGGUGGAGACUAGUGUGUGA